ACUAAGGGAGAAAAGGGCUUGCGUUCCCCUUCCCUGCUGGCGUCUGCCAGAAACAACCUGAAACACGUCGGAGAAAGACGCUGCAAACCACCCAAGCCUGUGGGCAGGCUAUUGGGAGAGGCAAGGCAGCAUCACCGCUGCUGGAGGGAACCCGCAGAGUUUGGAAAGCUUUGCAUCCCCUGCCAGAGGGCGGGAGGGGAGACCCGGCUAUGAAGUUAUUGCACUCCCCGCAUUGACCAGCAGCGAGGAAAGACGUCGCCGAGCAUCCUGAAGAGCGGCGAGGGAGGCAAGCAGGGGCUGCGUUGUAGAGAUCAUUCAUUUCCCACCCUCUCCUCGCUGCUCAGGGGGUAGGCACUGCUCUGGAAAACAGCAGAGAGGUGAAGGGAGCUCGAUGUGACUGCAGGCAAGUCCUCCCCUGCAGCUGCUUUUGUGGGGGAAAACUUGGAAGGACAGACAGGCUGAGUGUGCUUCUCCCUCCCCCCCCAUGAGAUCCCCUGGGACUGGGAGGAUGCCUGAGGAGCCCCUCGCCAACCUGAGCACGCAGCCCCCUGCAGGCAAUGCCAGCCACGCCGGGGUGCCCAGGGAACUGGAAGAGGACCUCCUGCCUCCUGACCCCCAAGCCGCCGCGUUCAUCAUCCGCUGUGUGAUCCCUUCGCUUUACCUGCUCAUCAUCACUGUGGGCUUGCUGGGCAACAUCACGCUGAUGAAGGUCUUCAUCACCAACAGCGCCAUGAGGAGCGUGCCCAACAUCUUCAUCUCCAGCCUGGCUGCCGGAGACCUCUUGCUGCUGGUGACUUGCGUGCCCGUGGAUGCCUCCCGUUACUUCUUGGAGGAGUGGAUGUUUGGGGAGGUGGGCUGCAAGCUCAUCCCGGCCAUCCAGCUCACCUCAGUGGGAGUGUCUGUCUUCACACUCACCGCCUUAAGCGCGGACAGGUACAAAGCAAUUGUAAAUCCCAUGGAUAUCCAAGCAUCCAGUGCUGUCCUGUGGACUUGUAUUAAAGCUACUGCCAUUUGGAUCAUCUCCAUGCUGUUAGCAGUCCCUGAAGCUGUGUUCUCUGAGUUGGCCAUCAUCAACGACACAGAUAACAUCAGUUUCCUGGACUGUAUACCAUAUCCCCAGACUGAUGAGAUGCACCCAAAGAUCCACUCCGUUCUGAUUUUCUUAGUGUAUUUCCUUAUCCCUCUUGCCAUCAUUAGUAUCUACUACUAUCACAUUGCAAGGACCUUAAUUAAGAGUGCACACAAUAUCCCUGGAGAACAUAGUGAGCAUUCCAAAAGACAGAUGGAAACUCGAAAGCGCCUGGCAAAAAUAGUCCUGGUCUUUGUUGGCUUUUUUGCUAUCUGUUGGUUCCCUAACCAUGUGCUAUACAUGUACCGGUCCUUCAAUUACAAUAAGAUUGACUCAUCACUAGGACAUAUGAUCAUUACUUUAGUGGCCAGAGUACUCAGCUUCUGCAACUCCUGUGUCAACCCAUUUGCACUGUAUUUGCUCAGUGAGAGCUUUAGGAGACAUUUCAACAGCCAGCUUUGCUGUGAGAGGAAAUCUCAUCAAGAGAGAUCUACCAGUUACCUGCUUAGCUCCUCUGCCAUUCGGAUGACUUCUCUAAAAAGCAAUGCCAGGAACACGGUGACCACCAUGACUCUGCUGAAUGGGCACAACCUGAAACAAGACGUGUCAUUAUGAUUUAAUCAGUGUACUACUUGAUCUGGAAAUUCAUUUGAGCUUUUAUCUUACAGCCAUGUAAAUAGUUUCAGGUUCUCUCACCUGUCUAACAAUAUGAUUGAUCUAAAGUAUUGAAUAAAGUAUUUUUAUUUGAGACUACCUCAUGUUAAAAUCUUAUUACUUUCACUUAAGAAAGACAUUUCUGAAUGAGAAGUGGAAAAUGACUUUAAAGAAUGUUCCUGUACAUUUGGCAUGUCAGAGGUUUGGUUUGAAUAGUAGUAUAGCUGAACUGGUGUUACUUAAAGAAAAAUAUUGAUUCCUGAACUAUAUAAUUUAUGCUUUUUUAAUGUAGCUGAUUGCUCAUGGUGGUCUGAACAAAUUAAGAACCAACUCCAAUGUCACAGGUUCUAGAUUCAGAAGGGAAAUCAAAAUUUGCAAGACCAGCUUAUGUAAAUCUGCAUAGUUCUGUCAACUUUAUCAUGUCUAAAACAAUGUGUAUGUUGAAGUUAAAGUCCUUUCCAGAUAUGGUUAACCAUCAGGAAUGCUGCAUUACAUUUGUGUGUGUAUAUACAUAUAUAUAUAUAGUAUGACUAUAUCAGAUGUGUGUAUAUAUAUAUAUAUAAUAUUUUAAUCAUACAAACAGAUCAAAAAUCUCUAGUGAAAGAAUUUGAUUUUUGCUUACAUUUAAUUAGAAUUUAAAAAAUUUUAAAAUGACAUUUUCAUUGAAAAUUAAGUUUGUGAAACUUACAUGUUUUACAGAACUCAACAUUUAAAAAUAUAAUUCUAUCAUUUUGUGAGGCCUGUAACACCACUGGAUUCUAUAUAGUGUUUAUUGUAUAUUAAACUUCAGUUACAAUUUGCUUCUGCUAAGUGCCUUCAUUGACCUCACUCGCAAGGCUGGAAACAAUCACCAUGUUUCAUGGAAAUUUGAAAAUAAAAUUAGGCAAAAUUAUUGGUAAGAUUUUCAAAUCUGGCUCACAGUCAAGACUAGUAGGUGCUGCUGUAAUAUAAAUAAUAAACAGUAACACAAAUAUUGCUUGAAGACUUAGGAGCCAUUGAUGUGGGGUUUAAAAUGUAACUACAGUAAAAGCUCUGUUAUAUGCAAUGAGAGGGGUAGGGGGGGUGCCGGUUAUCUAAAAAUUCUUGUUAUCUGAGAGUUAUACUAUCAAGUAAUACAGUGCCAUACUUGUAGUAUAAAUUUUCAAAGAAUUAGUGUACAAUACACUACAGUAUAACAUACUGUCUAGAGAAGAAAAUAGCAUACAAGUAUUCACCAAUCAAGUAGUAGUAAAGCAGCAUUGGAAUGAAAAGAAAUCCUGAAGCAGUGAUGUAGAGUACACUGAAGUUAUAUGUAGUACACUAUUGGCAGCGCAUGGCGUACACCUAGAUCACUUAAAAGUACAGUACACUUACCACUACACUUAUAACUAAAACUAUUUACAUGUACUGUACUGUACAUAAUUUACUGCCUCUUUGGAGAUUCAGUCCCAGCGCUGGAAAUUCCAGUUAGUAUUUUGGUUAGUAAAGUGCCAGAUAACAGAGCUUUUACUGUAUCCCGUUAAGAGUCAGUAGGUGCACUACACAUGCAAUUAGUGAGAUUCAAUAAACUCCAGAGUAGUUUGCACUGGAGUCAGCUGCUCCCGGGCAAAGUAUAUUUAUGUGUACCCAGGACUGCAGCAGUUAGAGCCAGGGCAGAGAAACCCUGGGCUAGCAGGGGACUUAGGGGGCCAACCCCAGGCUCCAGGUAGCAGUGUCAGGUGGCAGAAGGGUGGCAGGGGCUUGAGGAUGUUAAAGCAUGGGACUGGGUGGCAGGCAGCCCCCACACUUUAGCACCCUAGUGCCCCAGCUAGCCCUAGUCACUGUCUACAUUAGCAUUUUGAUUAAAUGAAUCUACUUUGCCCUAAUAUUUUUUAAUUAACUUUAAUUUCUUACAAUGAAGUAAAAUGUACUUUUAGAUUUAGCUAUUUGUUUUAAAUGACCAGAAGCCAGCUCUUAGUGUACAGUAGAGAAAAUAAUAACUUGCUGCUAAUUAAAACCACAUUUCACAGAGCAAUGAACGAAGGUCUAAUAUGUCCCAGUUUUAAUUCUGCCUCUUUGAGGAUAACUAUUUGACAUUUAGCAUCAUUGUAGAACAAAAAGAAGAAAAUUGUUGUGAGGACCCAAGGAACAGUCUUUUGUUCAGAUACCCAGAGAAAUGUAACACUACCUCUCUUUAAAUUAGCAAAUUUUUGCAUUGCAUUGCAUGAUGAUUUGGAUACUGAUUUUAAGCACAUGAAUAGCCUUAUUAUGAUAUGAUGAAUCAGGACUAUACACUUACAUUGGAGGGAAAAUACAUUUACCCCAUGAGAGAAUGAAGAGGCAAGUUGUAUCCUACUGUCACUUUGGGGUUUAACAUGCUAGAACACUGCUUCUUAAACUUUUCCUUAGCAUGACUCCAUUUCUGGCCCCAUUUCCGCAGCACGACCCCAUUUCUUUUGCAUGGUCCCCCACUCCCAAUGCCCCCCCUCCUCCCCCACCGAGCCCUGCGACUCCAUCCAUUGAUGUUGCAGCCCCAUUUAGGGUUAGGGUGACUAUCAUACAGAACAGUCUGGUUGUCCUCUGUCCUCUAUUGAUACAAAACUGAA